AUGCGUGACCUAACGGCGGAAAGAAUUGUUGCUAUAUAUAUGGAUGAUAUUAUUAUACCUUCGGUAGACAUACAAAAGGGAUAUGUGGUGGAGAAUGGGGAAAUCACACCAUCUCAAGAGAAAACUGACGCUGUAAGACACUUUCCGAAGCCGACAAAUGUACGUUCAGUACAGAGUUUUUUGGGUCUCACGGGAUAUUUCCGUAAAUUCAUACCUCAGUAUGCGCACGUAGCGGGACCGCUAACCGAUUUGCUAAGAAAAGAGGAAAAAUUUGAUUUUGGAAAAGAACAAGAACGUGUAUUUGAUCGACUGAAAGUAACCCUCUGUGAUAAACCCAUUUUGCGCUUAUAUUGUUCAACGGCAGAGACCGAACUGCACACCGAUGCAUCCGCGCUCGAUUUUGGUGCAGUAUUAUUACAACGCGAUAGUGAGGACCGUAAUAAUAUGCGGCACGUAGACGCUUUAAGUAGGCACCCAUUACCUGCAGCUAUGUUGAUAGAAGAAUGCGAAGACAGUAUGAUGGCGAAACUUCGUUUAAAUCAAUCAGAGGAUGCAGAAUUGAAGGACAUCCGGAAGCAAGUAGAGGAAGGAAAGACGAAAAAGUUUAUUGUAGAAAAUGGAUUAUUAUGCAAGAAGAUUGACGGCGACGUUCCAAUUGUUAUACCAAAGCUGAUGCAAACUCCAAUGAUACGCAGGGUUCACGACCGUGGCCAUUUUGGAAAUGCGAAGACAGAGCAACUCCUGAAAUCCGAUUAUUGGUUCAAGGACAUGCAUUCAAAAGUCGAGAAGGUAAUUCAAAAUUGUCUCGAAUGUAUUAUGGCCGCUAAAAAAAUGGGCAGGCAAGAAGGAUGGCUUCACUCCAUUGAAAAAGAUGCACCUUUAGAUACCUAUCAUAUAGACCACUUAGGCCCGAUGCUAUCGACGCAGAAAAGGUAUCAAUAUAUAUUCGUAAUAGUGGAUGCUUUUACCAAGUACGUAUGGCUUUAUCCGACAAAGAGUACCGGUGUAACUGAAGUUCUUGAUCACUUAAUACAGCAAUCAGCUGUUUUCGGAAAUCCUAGACGUAUAAUUUCUGACCAAGGAUCUGCGUUUACAUCUAACGAUUUCAAGUCUUACUGUGCAGACGAAGGUAUUCUACACGACUUGAUUGUUACAGGUGUUCCAAGGGGCAAUGGCCAAGUUGAGCGG